AUGGAUCGGCUAACAACUUCUCAAGCCGAUCAAAAUGGCUUGGCUCCAAAGCCAUGGUUAAAGCUUCAAAGCCUUAGUAGAGUUUCAAAACCAUGGUUAAACUGGCUUAAUUGUCAGCUUAUCAUUCUAUUUUUGAAUUCGAUACCCAAACUGCUG